AUGUCUAGUAAAUCUCCCUUAAGCAUUAGCAUGAAGCUAGGGAAAACUGUAGAGACAUCAGAAAUUCAUACAGGAGAGAAAUCAUUUUCAUAUUCUGAAUGUGGGGAGUGUUUUAUUCAGAAAUCAAAUCUUAUUACACAUCAGAAAAUUCAUACAAGAGAGAAAGCAUUUUCAUGUUCUGAAUGUGGGAAGUGUUUUACUAGGAAAUCAACUAUUAUUACACAUCAGAAAAUUCAUACAGGAGAGAAAGCAUUUUCAUGUUCUGAAUGUGGGAAGUGUUUUGCUUUAAAAUCAACUCUUAUUACACAUCAGAACAUUCAUACAGGAGAGAAAGCAUUUUCAUGUUCUGGAUGUGGGAAGUGUUUUACUAGGAAAUCAACUCUUAUUACACAUCAGAAAAUUCAUACAGGAGAGAAAGCAUUUUCAUGUUCUGAAUGUGGGAAGUGUUUUACUGAGAAAACAAAUCUUAUUAGACAUGAGAAAAUUCAUAUCGGAGAGAAAGCAUUUUCAUGUUCUGAAUGUGUGAAAUGUUUUACUGAGAAAUCAGAUCUUAUUAGACAUCAGACAAUUCAUUCAGGAGAUAAAGCAUUUUCAUGUUCUGAAUGUGGGAAGUGUUUCACUUUGAAAUCAAAUCUUAUUAGACAUGAGAAAAUUCAUACAGGAGAGAAAGCAUUUUCAUGUUCUGAAUGUGGGAAGUGUUUUACUGAGAAAUCAACUCUUCUUAACCAUCAGAAAACCCAUACAGGAGAGAAAGCAUAUUCAUGUUCUGAAUGUGGGAAAUGUUUUGUUUGGCAAUCAAAUCUUAAUAAACAUCAGAAAAUUCAUACAGGAGAGAAAGCAUUUUCAUGUUCUGAAUGUGUGAAGUGUUUUAUUGAGAAAGCAGAUCUUAUUAGACAUCAGACAAUUCAUACAGGAGAGAAAGCAUUUUCAUGCUCUGAAUGUGGGAUGUGUUUUGCACGGAAAUUAAAUCUUAUCAGACAUAAGAAAACUCAUACAGGAGAGAAAGCAUUUUCAUGCUCUGAAUGUGGGAUGUGUUUUACACGGAAAUUAAAUCUUAUUAGACAUGAGAAAAUUCAUACAGGAGAGAAAGCAUUUUCAUGUUCUGAAUGUGUGAAAUGUUUUACUGAGAAAUCAGAUCUUAUUAGACAUCAGACAAUUCAUAAGAAGAAAAAGGCAGCAUUUCAUGGAUCCAAAUGCGAUAAAACAGUCUUUAAUGGAACAGGUUAAAACCAACACUCAAUGUACAAAAUAUGGACAAAGGAGAGGAGUCCUUACGCGUUUUGUGCCAUGCAACAUUUAGUCAUAGGAUAACCGCACAUACACUGACUCUUAUAUGAUGAUUGCAUCCAAUCACCAGCCAUACAGCGGUUUCCAUGGAGACGGCCACCAUACUUACAGAGAUACAGUUACAUGUUAAAAAUACAUAAACAAUGUCAGCAUUUAAACAAAAUUGUAGUUAUAUAUACUUCUAUGUAUAUUGAGAAAUUAAAUGUUUUUUAGUCUCAAAUAAAAUCAUAAAGAACCUUAUAGAUAGUUAAGUUCUAGUCACGGAAAGAUUAAAGGUUGAAGGUUAAAGUUGAAAACCACACAGUUAAUGGGUACUCAAAUAGUGAACAGCUACCAUACCGCAAAUAUAUAAAAACAUUAAAUAUAAUAUAAUCAUUGACCCAAAUUUUGGAUCUCAAUAUCUGGAUUUUUAGAGAGAUAUGGUCUGAACUGAAGUUGAAAAAACUCAUAAAUUUGCAUCACCCGUAUUUAAUGUUAGAUAAAGUGUGUAUGCUCUUACUUUAGUGGCAUGAUCUUGUAUUGCAAAAUAAUGAUGGUGUAAUUAAUAUUGCUCACACUGGAUUAAAACACAAACCCAUUUUCAAAUGAAUAUACUCGUACAAGUACAGAUAACUCUUUACUCCCUUGGUAUACUCCUUCUAAACUACAUGAUAUCUAAUACUAGGGAUGUAUAUAGGUAUGUAAUAUGGAAAUGACAAUAACAAACUUAAACUGCUUGAAAUAAAAGCAACUUGUUCACUUUUGAAAUCAGAUCACUUUAAUCCUGACGGUACUCUUGUAUUUAAUUUCAAAAUCUAAUAUAAUUCUUAUAUAUACUUAUAAUUCAGACAAUUCAUACAGGAAUCUGGGAAGUGUUUUACUGAGAAAACAAAUCUUAUUAGACAUUAGAAAAUUCAUACAGGAGAGAAAGCAUUUUAUGUUCUGAAUGUAGAUUUUUUUUUUACCAGCAAAGGAAAUGCGGUUACUCAUAAAAUAUGUCAUACAGGAGAGAAAGGAUUUCCAUGUUCUAAAUGAGAGAAAAGUUUUACUCAGGAGUUACAACGUAUUGCGCACAGAAAAUUCAUAUGGGAGAGAAAGCACUCUAAAAAGUUCAAGAGCCUUCCAAAAGCCCUUGUCUGGUUUAGCAUUGUCCCCUAGCUGCAUAAAUUGUAUUAUGCUGAAAUAUAGAUAUUUUUUUAUUCUUUUGAAUUCCAAUUACAAGUUUUUAUGAAAAACUCUUAUUAUUUACAUUUCUGUUUAUUUUAGAAAUGUUACCUAAUAUAUUAAUAAAUCCAUACAUGUUUUGACUAUA